AUUAAAUCUUGUGCAUAAACUCACCCACGCUUCAUACUUCGCUUGAUUUGUUGUACCGUCCAGGCUCGGUCAACAUUGUAUGGGCGGUAGUCUUGUGUACUUCUCGAACGAUGAACGAAUAGGAAUCGUACCUUGGCACUGUACUAAAAGAAACGUUACCGAAUGCUGAUUGUUAAUCGGUCUAACAGUUCCUUUCGUUCACCUACACUCGCAAGACGCCAACACCAAACCGUGCGUGUGAACGAGAACGACGCACGCAAACAAAUCAGAAUCGGUCAGUAGUCAUUCAAGGUAGGCAUGGCGAUAAAUAAAAUAUUGGAUAUAAGUUUAAUUUUAUAGCAAAUAAUUAUUACAAUGCUUAUUUUUAGACAUGUGAAGCAUAAUUUUUAAUAUAAUAUAUCAAAAGAAUACGUAUUGAUGUUUUUAAGGAAUAUUUUCAUUCAAAUAACAUUGCUUUGUAAACCGCCAUCUACUCCAUUCUACAGGUAUUAAAGUCAUUUUAUCGAAUCAAAGUUAAUUGACUCUCAAGGUGGUACGUAAAGAAGACUCUAGAUGGCAUAAAUACGGCUAAUUUAAUAUAAAAUUAUAAAUUAGCAAGGUAAGAAAUCGAUCGUGGAUUGUUUUGAAUGGACUGAAAUAUGAUAAUUAUUUCAUUAUGGUUGAUUUUAUAUAUUUAAUAAAUUUGUUGGGAGCUGUGGUAGCUCAGAUCGUUAGCGCUCGCUAUAAAUUUCACAGUACGCGAGCAACCCGGGUUCGAUCCCCGCUGGCACCAAUGAAAUUGUUAAUUGCAAUUUUAAGUGCUGAUUUACCACGAACUCGGCAGUGAAGGAAAACAUUGUGAGAAAACCUGCAUGUCUGAGAAAUAAGAAAAAAAAAUCGAAUUAAAGAAAUUUGAAGUUAUUUUUAACAACUACCUACUGUUCGCGAUGGAAAAAAGUGAUUGAAAAAUAGUGAUUAAAGAACAAUAUUUAAAGUGUACUUAGGAAAAGUAUUAGUGACAAACCUAAGUGAAAGGUGCAAUAGUGUAAUUUUACAACAUGUCUACAACCCUUAGUAUUAUAGUAUAUAUAUUAUCAUUUAUAAUAAGUUAUUUUCUUAACUAUUAGAAAACGAUGCUCUCGUUUUGUAAUAGUUAAGAAAAUAACACUUAUUUAUACAAACAAAAAGUCGACCAAUCAGAGCACGACACGUUAUAUAAUAUUCUGGGUAUUUUUAAUUAUCUGCGUAAUAUUAAAUCCCGAAAACUAAGAUGUUUUUAAAAGUACGCCCGUCCGGAACAACUACUAAGGAGAGUUUUAUAUGCUCUUUGCAUUGACUUUAAAUAAUUCAUUUCUACUCAUUGCGGCAUUUGUUUUCACUCUAUUUCAUGCUAUAGUUAAGCGGGACGCUUGAUACUUUGUUAUUGAUUGUUUUGUCACUAAGAUUUCAUUUUAUUUACUUGUUUUAUUUUUUUAACUCUAAUUUGAUUUAAAGUUUAAAUUUUCAUUUUGAUUUUGAUACUUAUUAUUGAAUUAUCAUUGCCGUUAAUGAUGUCUCAAGGAAGACCAAAGGGAAGCAACUUGUGGUUUCAUAUUAAGGAAGGGAUAAACGAAGCUGUUUGCAAUUAUUGUUCGACGAAAUUAAGUACAAAAUGUGGUUCUCUAGGAAAUCUAAAAAGACAUAUAGCCACUAAGCAACCGACCAUAUCUUUGAAUAUCGUACGGCAGCUUUCUGCUCUUGCAGAACAAUAAAAAGGUAAAAUCCAAACUCAGACACACCAGCCACAUUUAGGCAGCCGCUUAGUGGGUCAUCAAUUACGAACUUCAUUCGGCGACAACCAUCUUCGCGAAAGAGCGAACAAAUUGAUAGGCAAGUGGUAGUUAUGGUGACUAAGGGUCACCAUUCAUUAAGAAUAGUAAAGGAACCAAUAAUUAAUAAAAACUUAUUGACUUAGUCUCUACCUGCCCGGGAUACCAACUUCCAACAAGAAAAACGUUAUCACAGGCGCUCAUACCCAAAUUGUACACAGAGGUUUUUGAUUCAUGUUUUCAUAAUUUAAAAGAAGCCUACGCAGUGUGCCUUUGCCCUGACGGAUGGACAUCCAGUGCUAACCAGAGUUAUAUAGCAGAUACAGCUUACUAUAUUAAUGAAAACAGAUAAAUGCAAUCUGUUUUGUAAGGCUGUAUUGACUACAGCGAGAGGCAUACCAGUGCUAAUUUGAUUAUAUUUUUAAGACAAGUAAUGGUAUCGCACAAAAUCUGUCAGUGAUAACGCUGCUAACAUUUUAUUAGUUGUUAGGUUAGGAGAACGGCGAUCAGUAGCCGCUUUGCUCAUUUAUUGAAUUUAUUAAUACAGGGCGAAAUAAAAACAAUUGCUGAUGUGAUUGUUAAAGUUAAAGCUGUAGUGGAAUUUUUGAAAGAAGUUCUGUGGCACAAACAUAAUCAGAAGUUGCCCAAAGGCAAAUGAAUUUGCCACUUUUAAAACUAAAGCAAGGAUGUACAACGUAUCCUGUUAUGAUAUGCUAGAACGCAUAUUAAACAUCAAAGAUGCUGUUAUCAGCACCAUAACACUAACACGAAGUGACUUCAGCCUUCAGACUUUAUGGAGACCAUACACGCUAGGUUUUGCAUGAUUGUUUUAGCCGUGCAUGCAUAACCGACAGGCAAGUCCUAGCGUUUAUGUGAUUAAACUGUACAGUUAUCGGUGCAUGUACAUGCAACCGAGCAAAUAUCGAAAUUGAUAUUUUAUGCCGCUCGGUUAUGUUUGCGCACGAGCAUAAACGAGCGUGUGUGCCGUCCGGCGAGCUUGCCUGCCACAGUUCUCAGUUUUUAAUUGUUUGCGACGGCGGAAGAUCGCGCGCACGCUUCAUCGCGAAAAUGGCGAGUCGCAAGUGCAAUGCCACAUUAGAAAAAUUCAUAGAAAUUUAUAAGUCGGAAGGUUGUCUUUGGCGCGUAAAGUGCAAAGAAUAUCACGACAGAGACAAACGAUCGACAGCAUACGAGAAAUUGAAAACUAAGCUCAAGGAAUUGGAGCCAACUGCUACAAAAGAUGAUGUGAUUAAAAAAAUUAAUACGUUACGCAGUAACGUUAGACGAGAGGAAAAAAAAUACGAUGAAUCUGUGAAGUCUGGAGCAUCAUCUAAUGACAUUUAUAAAACAACACUGUGGUACUUUGAAUUAUUCGAUUUUAUUGGAGCUCAAGAUGUUCCUCGCAGCUCGCGAUCUAACAUUUCGGAAAUUGACGAGAAUGAUUCGAAUAUAAGUAUAAAUUAAUGAAUUAUCUAUUUUGGAAUUUAUAGAUUAGGUACGGCCGACCACAAACAAUUAAGUACCUACAUUUUUUCAUAUCGUUUAUAUUACAAUGAGAUAGGGUAGGUACUCUCGACAACUUGUAACGCGUGAUGUGUGGUCGUCUGUACCUAAGGUUUUUGCAACGUCGUUUAUAGCUUUACAAAAUGUAGGUAUAGAUUGUUACAGUAUAAACUCUUAAGCGGUUUGGUUGCUCAUUUAUUCAUAAAACAUUAUUAUUUCAUAAAAAUAAAAGAAAUUAGUCACAUUUCAAUGUAACUAUCCUGCCAAGGUACUUUGCCUUCAUUGACAAAGUAAGUUUGGUGUUCUAGUCUGACUUUUUUUGCAUAAUUCAGGACAUUUCCUCGAUUUUGUACUUGUAAAUUUUCUACGUUUGAACGUGUGGCAUCGUACCCCGUGGUAACAACAGUUCUAUUAUCCACAUUUUCUCGAUAAAAACAUCUUGGAGGUGCAUAUGAAUUAGGAGUGUGCUCCAUUAGAAAGUUGUGCAAAACACAUGUAGCCAUCACCACUUUUUCUAUAUAGUUUGGUUCUAAAUUGAUCUGAGUAUGGUAAAUGCGAAAUCUUGAUGCUAGUAUGCCAAAAGCGUUUUCAACUAUUCUUCUUGCGCGAGACAAUCUAUAAUUUAAAAUUUUUUUUCGUAGCUUCUCAAAUCCGCUUGACGAUAUGAUUUCAGCAUGUCAGGUCUCAACGGGAAUGCAUCAUCAGCAACAAAUACAUAUGGCAAACACCUUGAACUGUAUUGAAUCGGUUCGGAGUUUGGGAGAUUUAAAUGUAUCAUUUGUAACUUUUCAAAAAACGUUGUAUUCUGCAAAACACCUCCGUCGGAAACUCUUCCAUUUGUACCAAAAUCUGCUAAUAGAAAUCGAUAUUUGGCAUCAACUAUUGCCAUAAGAACCAUGCUAUGUCGUUCUUUGUAGUUGUAGUAAUAAGAUCCACUAUCAGCAGUUGGCACUAUGUCUAUGUGUUUUCCAUCUAUGGCACCCAAGCAGUGAGGAAACUUCCAUCUCUCUUCAAAAAGUUCUGCGGUUUCCUUCCAUUUUCCCGAUAUAGGGUUAUACGAUGCUGACAACUCGACUGAAAAUACAAUAGCUACUACGGAUAAUGCUGCUGCAAAUGUUAGUACAGGGAAUACAGACGAUAUUAGGACACCUAAGAAUACUCCAUUACCUGCUACUAGACCGGGAAGAAAGAAAAUGACAUGCAAGAGAGCAAGAUCACUUAACUACUGACAUAUUACUAUCCGUGAAAGACCAUUUUAAGCGUCCUGCUUCUGCUUCAGCAACAGAAGAUCGUUACGAUCUUUUGGGAAGAUCUAUCGCAAUGAAAUUAAGAUCAUUAGACAAGCGUCAACGGUUGAUUGCGGAGAAGAUAAUUAAUGACACCCUGUUCGAUGCCGAGAUGGGCAAUCUGAAUACCGAAGCAAUUCAGAAUCGUCGAAGUUUAACUUUUGUUUCUUCACCAACCUAGUCUCUCACGAACUCCAAGUCCUUCGCCCUCACUAGUUCAACAAUAUUAUACACAACCGCAUACUCAUACCGCUUCUGUUGCGCCUCAAAUACAACCCUGCGUAUCUCCGAUACAACAGUACAACACCCAAGAACAAAGGUACACGAUUUCUCCUGCAACGCAAAGUCAGGCCUGCACAUCUCCAAUUCAACAAUAUAACACUCAACAACAAAGUACUUCUCCUGCACCACAACGUCAGCCCUCACCAGCACUACAAGAAGAAUUUGACACACAACUAACAACAGGAACAUUUUAUUCAAAUUUUAAUUCACAAAUGAUUUAAAUAUGUAAUUGGUUAAUUAAAAUAUGUACCUACCUAUUAAACUUGUCUAAUGAUUU